GUUGCAGUGACGUCACUUCCUUCACACUUGAAACGAAAACAGAACUCAGCUCACUGAAGAAGUGUGCAUCCACGACUUGUUGGAGAUGUUUAAGUUCCUUUUAAAGAAACUGGUGGUAUUGUUUGCUUUGGAGCAGAUGUUGCUAAUGUGUUGAACCCAUUUUAGAUCUGAUGCAAUGGUACAUCUCAUGUAUUUUGCUGCUGUGACAUGUUCAAGGCACAGUAUAGCCAUAUGUAGUGUGUAACUGUAUUUAGCUGGUGUUCGCUUUUUGGAGAUGAUUCAUCAUAUGAACAUGGCGAAACUAGAAAACAGGAUUUCUUCGAUUGAAGAAAUAAAAGCUGGUAUAUUGGCUCUAGUUCAGAAGAGAGGACCAACGAAAACAUGCUGUCCAAGUGAGGUUGCUAGAAAACUGUCACCAAAUAAUUGGAGAAGUUUAAUGGAAUGUGUUCGGGAUGCUGCGAGAGAACUUCAACAGAAUGAAUUAAUUGAUAUUUGCCAAAAGGGUAUUCCAGUUAUUACAAAGACGUGGACUGGUCCAAUACGACUGAGGCUUAGAACAAAAGCUGGAAUCAGUUUACCAGAUAUGAAGCCAGACAUAGGCGAGCAAAGUGAUCGAUGCUUAGAUGGAGAUGUAGAUAGUCAGCCAUCACAAAAGGACAUUCAAUCCAGUCAAGCGACAUGUUCUGUAGAAUACGGGGCUGAUAACGAGCAAUGCCAAACCAGAAAUUUAACACAUGCAAUAAAUAGAAAACGAAAAUAUAACACACGGUCAAAAGAUCUGACAAAUAAAAAAUAAUAUACUGGUAUUUGUUUGAUAGUGAAAUGAUACAAUAUAUAAGAUUCUUCAAAGUUUGUUUAAAGUCUAGUGACAUCAUAUACUUUUGUAUUCGUUGCAAGAUAUUGGCGAACGUCAGACAAAAGGAACAGUUACCUCUUUAAUAAGUUAAAAAUUGGGAGGAAAAAAACGUGCAGUCAUAGUCAUACCUAUUUUCAAUCCAAAUUGUACAAGACUAAAAUAAACAUUCAUGAUACUAUGCACACACAAUUUAUAUUUGUCAGUAUCGUUUUGGUGAAGUUUUCAUAUGAACAACACCCAUCCCUUUAAGCUCAUAUAAAUCGAAGAAAGAUAUGAUCAUGUCUCGUUACUUUUAGUCGAUGUCUGUUAUCAUUUUCUUCUUCAAUAGACCUUACAAAAUAACAAUACAGUCAAUUCAAACAAACAUUGCAGAAUUCAACUUUAAGUUAAACUGUUUAAAAGUUUCGGUAUUGCAGCAACAUGAAUGCCUUGGCCUUUACAAUAAACCAUAGUUUGAACAUAGAAAGUGGGCGAUAAGAACACAGCAAAAAAUGCGAUAAUUUAUACCUAGAUUGUAGACUGCUACGAUCUCUGGACCAAAUACCCCGUGGAGUCCGCCUGGCUGUUUUAGAUGUAUAAAUACACAGCCUCGCCAAAAAUGACACGUGAUUCCAAGUAGUAUCAAAGGGCAUACAUAAAACAGAUGAGUAGGUAUAAAUAUAUAUCCAUUGACACCCUGUUUUUCGGCAUAACAAAAACAAAUGAAUUCAUUGAGAAUCUGAGAUAAUCUUUGGUUUCCUUUUCUGCCAAUAUUUAUUUGAUAAAGUGAGCAACAUCAAUUAAAAAAGUCGCAACAAUCAUGAUUUAAGAUGAAAGAAUAUAAGAAAGUGUAGUUAAAGAU